CUGAUUUAUUGUGCUAGUGUGAAAACGUAGUGCCGUGUGCCGAUGAAAUGCACGUAAAUGCCGCAUGCGCCGCGCUCGUGCACGCCGGUAUGUAUAUGGACGAUGGUUUCUGUGGUAACAGAUGCAUAAACAGAGCACAUGGCACACUUCGGUGACACUUCUAGAAUAGCAAUAUGCUAGAAUCCUAAUAUGCGCGUUCAGCCGCGGAAUGUCAAUUGAAUCAUGAUAGAGAGAGAUAUAUCAAUAUAUAAAAAGAUAUAAAGAUAUACACCGCGUUAUAUCGGUAUGAUAUAAAGGAAUAUAAGAUGCAAAUAAACAAUACAUCAACGUACAUUGGAUAAAUUGGGUAAAUUUAAAUUGUAAACUAAUUGACUAACUUGCACACGAGAGAAACAAGUUACAAAGUUCUGCAGAUAUGCACGGUUUAAGAGCAGACCACAAAUCCCUCGGUGGACUUGGUACGAGCCGUUGGUUGGAGGCGCUUUGGGAACCAAGCGCUGGUUUAUUUGCUUUGCCAGGCGGACUCGAUAUGUUGGAUGUAAGUGGCGAUGGCGACGCCAGGUUUAUCUGCGCUGAUCUAGGGCCAGUCGGAAGUGACUCGACGAAGGUACGGGUGUAUAAAGGAGGUGAUCAGGUGACUGAACACAACAUGGUGGAUCCGCCCUGUGGCAUAGUUGGUUUUUACACGGAGAACGGGGAACCUCGAUCAUCGGUAGUAGCUGUAGGAGCUGGAGCCAGUGUGUAUGUUUUCAAAAAUAUGAGACCCUUCUUCAAGUAUUGCCUACCGCACAUCGAUGCACACCCGAAGGAACGAGAAAUCUGGCAUAAGUGCGGAUUGGACGAGGAAUUGAAUGUGCUAACACUGGCGGACGACUUGGAGCUGUUACUGAAGGAGCUUGGUGCGGCAUUUCUCUCGCCUCGAACGUUAAAGUUUUUGUCUAUGGACAGCAACCUGCGAUUGAGCUUCGCGGAGCAGUACAGGAGAGUGCCGCUUAUUAAACCCAACGCGUUAACAGCGAUCGCGAUCAUACGAAGAGACUCGUGGAACGAUCCCGCCAGUAGCUGUCUUAUAUUAGGAACCGAAGCUGGAGAAACCCUCAUUCUGGAUCCCAGAGCUUUCUUGGUCAUGGAUAAGCAUCAACUGGAGUGGCCACCGGUAGCAUUCGCCAGCUGUGGCUUGUGGACGGGCGACGGUCGUAUAAUUGUCAUUGGAAGGGAUGGAAAAAUAGGGGCGAUCAGGAGAGGAAGCCCUGUAAAACUUUGGGAAACAUUGCCUGCGCCAGCGGUAUCUAUUUCCGUUCUUACCUCGGCAGGAGCGGCAGCAGCAGUUAUGGACGGUACUUUAGUAGGCUUCUCAAAAAGGGGCGUAAAGCUGUGGUGUAUCGGCAUUCCUGGUAUAAUAUUAGAUCUAGUGAGUUUACCGGUUCCGCAAAGCGGUCUGUCCUUGUUAGCCGUAAGCACAGCGGGACACGGAAUCCGCAUUUAUGACGGAAAGCAUCAUGUGGAUACGGUGAAGGUCAUGGAACCCGUGUCCGCUCUUAAGUACGGACGAAUGGGACAAGAGGAACGAACAAUAGCGAUGGUCACUGUCGGCGGUGCUUUGUGCAUGAAGAUCCUGAAGCGCACCGCUGAUUUUAAUGUGAACAAUUCGUCGUCGUCGUCGUCGUCGUCGAAUUCGUCAUCGUGCAACGCGUCCAAGUUUUCGAUACCGAAAAAAACAAGACUGUUCGUCGAUCAGACGAUAAGAGAGAGAGCCGAGGCGAAAAAAAUACACAAUACAUUUCAGCAAGGGUUUCUUCGUUUACGUCUAAGCACCGCUAAACAAGCCUCCGAACACUUAAACGAGAACCAAGCGUCGGGACCGAAUCCCAUUACGUUGGAGGCAAAUGUUCUCGGUUUAGGACCCAAUUACAUGAUUCGCAUUACAGUGACCAAUAUCUCCGAGGGUUUGACCCAUGCGGAAUUGUAUAUUCUCUGCAGAGCCGACGACAGCGACGUGAGCCCCGGUGUGGUAAACUUGCCUCUGCUACCAAGUGCUACACCCAUAUCCCUAACCGUUUGUGCAAAGCUGAAGAGUCAAAUAUCAGGGAGGAUUAAGAUUUUGCUGUGCAAGAAAUCAAAUCCGAAGCCUUUGGCUGUAACGGUUGUGAUAUUACCGGCUGCUGAGGAAGACUUUGAAGUUUAAGCGAUAGAAUGGAUCUGUUCUUCACACAGCUGCACCGAGUUGCACCGAGUUGUCUGUGCUUACAACCAACCAACACAAAUGCCUGUCUCCAAGACGAUGCGUCUUGGAGAGAUGCAUUUGCAAAGGUGUUUAAUCGCAAGUGCGAUGUUUCGCCAAUGUCUCUUAUAGACAUCUCUUAUAGAGAUGCGCGUGAUGAAGCUGCCUGGGUGAUAGACGAAAGUGCAUGUAUAUACACGUGAAACGUUUUGUGAAAGAGAGUGAGAAGAAAUGGAAAAUUUACAGUAUCGUUGCAGAAAGCGUGGCUCAACAAUAGACAAUAGUGUGUUCUUAAGAGAAUAUCUCGUACGCGGAAAUACAAAGGGGUAACUACGAGAAAUGGAAAAAUUAAAAGAUUGAAUACGUUCCAACAUUUUUUUCCUCCUCAAUUAUCACGAUAUUGUAGAUUAUCUGUUCUUCUUAGAUGAGCUAAUGCCAGCCACACCCCGGCAAAAAAGAACUUUUCAUUCCUUUUCAUUCCUUUUCAACUCUUGGAUUAUAUUGCUUGUUUCGCUCUAGAGGUAAGAAACAUAACCCAGUUUGACUGAGAAAAAAGAUGGACCUUACCCGUGCGCGAUCAACUGUAAAAAACGACGAGACAGGCUGUGGAAGAAACGAGAAUUUAGAGAAAAAACAUGUUGCGUGCAGUAUAUUAGUCUGUAUAUCAUAGCGUAUAGUUGUCACGACACACUUUUAUAUGACACGUGUCCGUGAUAACGGACACGAUUAUACGAAAUGCGAAUAACAAAUAUUUAUUUCAUUCUCAAAUAUUUCUGCGUCGUUAAUAUUCCUCACACGCUACUAAUUGAGAGCUAUUUGUUAAUAAUAAGCGUGUAUGUUACCGUGUAUGUUACGGGAAUGGGAAGGCGUUGCGCUUUUUCGAGACAUUAAUUGUUAAACGUGCAUCUGCUUUCCCCUUGUUCAGACGACCAACAAAUACUACACGAAACUUCCUUCCUUCCUUCCUUCCUUCCUUCCUUCCUUCCUUCCUUCCUUCCUUGCUUCCUUCCUUCCUUCCAUACGCCUUCCACAUGUUGAGGCGUGUGUGAAUGUUGACUUUUAGUUGAAAUCUUGAUUCUGUGUUUGGUUUCACUCUUGCCAGGAAGCAAAAUUUAAAUCUCGGCUAAAGCAGUCGAUAAUGGUUGGUUCGAAGAGAGGUCCGAGACUUGGUUGAGUAAAGAACGUCAACAUGUAUACACGUGCAAUCGAUUUACAUUUGUAUUUGUAUAUACAUUUCUGUUUCUUAUUUAUUUUAUUAUCAUCUGCUAUUUAUUUAUGUACCAAGUUUGCGUAUCAAUAAAAGGCACGCAAUCUCAAUGAUGACGCGAUGAUUUAUUCAACA